UAGUUGCAAAGAAUUCGCUUGCGAUUCUAAAUAUGAUUGCGCGACAGUUCGAAAGCAGCGGCCAUAGAGAACAGACGGCGCAUGAAAUGAGUGGGACAGUUGUUGAACUACUAAGCGCUGAAGAAUGCGAAAUAGUUGUAAGAAAUGCACUGAAGCUAAAACCAGAGGAGAGUGUAGAAAUUACGAGCUAUGAACUUGAAAAGGGCUCGAAUGAGCUUGUGGGUUUUAUGGGUGAAUAUUUCAAGCUUCGCGUGCAAAUAUGCGGCAAGCACUCAACAUAUGACAUCAAAGAGCUCUGUUGCUUUGUGAAAUCGGUGCCCGUUUCGAAUGAAUUGCUACGCGCUGAGUGUGAGCGCAAAAAUUUUUUUCGCAAAGAAAUCUGUGCCUACACUGCGAUUAUGCCGAAUAUACAAAAGUAUGCCACCACUAAACUGUAUGCGGAGUGCUACUAUGCAAGGAGAGAUUUGUUGGUGCUUGAAGAUCUCUCUGCUGCACACCUAGGCUACCGGCACUUGGCCAGUGAUGAACCAUACACGAACAGGCAUCGCAAACUAUUUCUCACGCACUUGGCACAGCUGCAUGCUGGUAGCGUUGCAUGGGAGGAAAAGGAAGGCGUCAACAUUGGCAAGCAAUUUGAGGAUUCCUUAUUUGAACUGAUGUUAAUCACGGAAAAUGAGUGGUACGUCACAGGCGCUAAGGGACUAAUAUAUCUUGCGAAAAAUUACCGAAAAUUCCAAACACCCGAGAUACAAUCACUUAUUAAAGACAAGCUCUUUCCGCUGCUUAUGGAUGUGCAAAAGUAUACGGAACCCUCAACCAAGUUGCGCAAUGUCUUCCUGCAUCGUGACUCAUGGGAACGAAAUAUAUUUUUCAAGUUUGAUGCAAAUCUUGAACCUACUUCCUGCUGUAUAGUCGACUUUCAACUCAGUCGAUAUGCACCGCCGGGCUUAGACAUACUCUUCUUCUUGUAUGGCCAAACCACAGCAGACGAAAGAAAACACCAUAUGCAGGAGUAUAUCGAUCAUUACUUUUCCGAGCUGCAAGCACGUUUCAAGGCGCUGGAUUUGCCAACUGAUACUAUUACCAAGGCAGAGCUUUUGGCAGAUAUUCAUCGUGCGCACCUACCAGCACUGAUCAUUAUGGCCAUUACCAAGCCGCUGACAAUGAUGCCAGAGGGAUUGUCGAAUAAAUGGCAUGCGGAGGAGCAAGAGAAGUUCGAUUACUACAUGAAUACUCAGCGUGAUGAAUUCUUUCAACGUAUAAUGGCAAUGGACCCCACUUACGAGUCGAAGAUUAUGUGGCCCAUUGAAGAACUUAUAGCAUAUUUACUGAAAAACCGUGACUUGUGACAGUAAUUGUAUAAUUUUUAUUAAUUAAAUAUAAUAAUAAAACAGACUCUACAAUAACAA